CCAGUUGCGCAACCCCACCAGCAAGCGUGACAGCUCCAACGCCGAAAGCAGCGGACGGGAGAGCACAGCGGAACAGACCAACGACGGCAUCAACUCAGUCGACAAUGCAGCGCUGUUCUCGUCACUGCUGGACGAUGUGAAGUCACUCAGCAAAGCCAUGUACGUGCCACCUGCCGAUGCCUCGCUGGACUUU